AUGGUACAACCUCGCCUUCAAGUCCUGGUGAUUGUCUCCCAGCGAAGCGCCUUCCUAUCCAAAGCGCGAGAAUCCCCUCAAGACCUCAUCUCACCGGCCCUUCGCGUCUUAAUGAAAAAACAACUCACAAAAGAGCCAGUUCCCUUAUCCCAAACGAGACUCCUUGCCGUCCAGAAUUGGAGAACGCGAUCAUUCCUCGUCUUUGACAUCGCAAACGCAGACUACGAUGUCAUGCUGGGCCAUCUCCCGGAACAUAACCAGCUCCCCGUCGUAGUCGCUCAUUUCAGCAAGAAAAAGACAGGAUAUAUGGCGAACCCGGUUGUUUCACGACGAGUCAAUCACGAUGUCGGGAUGCUGCAUAAUGCGAAUGGAUUCGAGGCUCUCCCGCCUUUCAUCGAAGAUCAUACUUCAGGAAAACCCCCGGCAUAUCGGAACCCACGGGAUAUUACCAUGCUGAAAGUCAUAUUCAUCUAG